ACUCGUAAAAAGAAAUUUCCAUUCUUGGCGCCCAAACGAGUAUUAACUACCACAAUACCACAAUAACAGUAACAAAAGGAGUAAGGAAGAAGAAUCUUAAAAAAUGACUUCGUGGAGUAACAUACAGUCGGGCUUUAACGUCGACGAUGAGACUAUUAAUUUUGGAACACGAAUAAUUGCAGAAAACAAUGGUUCUCUGUACGAGGCAUGCACCGUGGCAACGAUUCAAUCGCUUGAAAAGGUGGACCAACAACCAAAUGUCAUAGCAUCUAUUCAAUAUUCCAAGAUUUGUGUAGCAAUUGACAAGUCCAUUACAAUCUUUAAAGAUGAAACAUGUGACGAAAUAUUAUGUAACAUUAGCUUUCCUUCCAUGAUAACCAGUUACUGCAUUUCCAAGGAUGGUUUCUUUUUAUUUGUAAUACUCGCAACCAAGAUUUUGUACUGUUUGCAUUUAUCAGAUGGAAAAAUAAUUUUUACUAAAACUAUACCUAAUAAUAAGGAUAAUAUAAUAGAAAUAUUUUUAAAAGAGCAAAGUGAAGAAACAUUUAUAAUUCUUGUCGCAAACACUGGAGCUAUUUACAGAUUCUCCAAAUUUUAUCCUGAAGCUUUAGAGAUUGCAUUUACCAGUGAUGAAGUUACAGUUGCAAAAUAUAUUGCAGAUAUUCAAUGUUGUCAAUUAUUCAAAGGAUUUUCUUCUCAGGAGUUUCUUAGCACUACAAUAGAUGUAUCAUCAGACGAACUAUCGAUAGCCAUAGUUGGUACAAAUUCAAUGUUUACUUGGCCUAAUGAACAAUACAUCAAUUUCCAAAAUGUAUUUUCUUUUGGAUAUAAAAAGAUAAAACCGUUACAUGGUAGCAGUAAAAUGCUGUGUCUACGUACAGACAAUAUAUUAAGUAUGGUAUGUCUGAAUACAUUUCUUACAUUAAAAAUAUGUGAUGAUUUUGUGUUUGAUUUUGAUGUAAUACAACAUGAUGAUUAUUCUGAAAUUUUACUUUUAAUGCAUUCUAAGGACAAUUAUGCUACAUAUACAUUACGUAUUAUUUCUUAUCCAGAUUUUGAACAGAAGCUAGAAAUCAACGUAUCUGUCAAUACUCAUUUAUUUAAAAUUUUACAUGCUUCCGAUAAUUUAUUUUAUAUAGAAGGUAUUAUUACUAACAAUGAGACCGGUAUUACCGACAUGUUUAGAAUAAAAACGAUAUUGGAAGGUAUUCCCGAAAUAUGUUUAGCGAAAUUAUUAAAGAAGAGACAAUUUGAUGCAGCUGAAGCUUUUGCAAGAAAAUCAAAUCUUUCAAUGGAACCUAUUUACUGUUCUAAAGCAGCAUUACUCGUAGAACAACUUAGUCCAUGGGCAAAAUCUACUCCUAAUUCGGUCAACGUAGAUACAUUAAUAAAUAUUUUAAAUAAAAUACAAGAUGUGCAAUAUGUGAUUGAAUGUUGCAGUAAAGCCCUUAUUUCUGAUUAUAUGCAAAUGAGAUGUAUAUAUUUAUAUGCUCGACAAAAAAUAAUGCAAAAUAUUAAGAUAAAAAAUAUAGAUGAUUCGUUGAAUACCAGUCUAUCUAUAAUAAACGACGCUUUAUAUAGACUUGAAACUUUUCAUAUGAUUCAAGAUACCGAGACAGAUACGCUAUUGAAUAAUGACGCAAGUAUGAAAGAAUGGAUACGAUUUUCACAAGCAAAUUUAUUGGAAGAAUGUACUACUCGUUUAAAUAUGGGUCAACUUAAAUCUGCUACAUUAAUUUGGACGAGACACCUUCCUGAUUUUGCAAAACGUAUAUCUAUGCAUACUGUACAAAGUAUUUUUACAAUUUUACCUGAAGAUGUAGAUCCAUCAUGCUUGUGGCCUUGGCUUAUUCAUUUUAUACCAACAUUAUUAUCCUUAUUGCCUGAUGCAAUAAAUGAGAUUAUGUUUUGGAGUUUAAAAAAACUAAAAUAUCUUGAGAUAUCUCACCAUAUGGUAUGGCCAGAAAUCGGCAUAGAAUUUGCUAAAAAGUUUAUAAAAUUGUUCAAAUUUGAAGAUAAUCAGUUAGUAUACUUUCAUCAAGAAUACGGAUAUCAAAACUCUUUAUUGAAACAAUUUAUGGUUCUAUUUCAAGCUUUAACCGAUAUUCAACAAUUGAAGAUUGUUCACAGAUUGAGAGUACCUCUUGACAUAUAUAUUGAUUCACCUGUGGAAGCGAUUUAUAUGUUGUUGGAUAAGAUACAUCUUGACCAAAUAUCGAAUUUUGUAAAUACAUUCCUAAAACAAUAUAUAUUUAAUAACAAUUUACAAAAUGAUACUGUUUUUUGUACGUAUAUUCAGAAAACUAUAAAAAAUUCGUAUAGUUGGUGGUUUAACGAAGAAGCUGCAUGGGAAAAAAGAGUUACUAUUAUAAUAAGCCUUAUACAUAAUAUAGAGAAACGACUGGAACAAACUUUAAUAGUUUUAAGAAAAGCUCCAGUGCCCUGGAGUUCAAUUAUAGCUACCUUAGCAGAAACAAGCAUUAAUUACGAUCAUAGUUUAUCUUUUAAAAUUAAAAUUGAAUGCGAUUACGUUCCAACAAAACUUAUCUUAAAGAAAUAUGGAUAUGCGACAAUUGGUGUAAAUAAUAGAUUGAUGUCACGCAUAAUAAAAGAAAAUCGCGAUUCUAUGAUUAACGAUAUAGAUGUGCUAACUAAAGACGAUCAACAAUUAAGACAAGAUUCGUUUUGUCGAUGCGUAAACGUUCGAUUAAAUGAAAAAAAUCACCAGAAAGCAAUGGAUAUAUUACAUUAUUUGGAAAAUAAUACUGCCAUCGUUUUAUAUUGUUGUGAAGGAAUUAUUAAUUAUAUUAUUGCAGCUUUCUCUUUCCAAAAUUCAAUAACAUCCUUGAUGUGUCACAUGGAAAUAUUGGGUUGCUUAGAGUUCAAAAUGUAUAACUUGUUAACACAAUCAAAUGUUUGUCUUUAUCGUUGCAACAACAUUAUCAAAAUGAUAAAAGAUUUAAAAUCAUUGUACGCACUGAAGAAAUAUUACGAGAUUGAUAUUUCUUUGAAAGAUUAUCAUAUGCGAAAGUCAUUUGUGUUGCAAAAUUAUAUUUCGAAAUCACUUCCAAAUAUUAAGGAGAACGAUUGGUUAGUAACGUAUAAGACGGUUAUUAAAAUUGCCGAGUUGCUAGGAUUAGAAAAAUCAUAUGCCACUUUAUCCAUGUUGGAACAGAUGAAAAACUUAACGGAUUUAAACGGAUUAGAACAUCUUGUUGAUGAUGAUAACGAUUUAAAUAUGACGUCCAAAAAAUUUAAGAAUAUACGUAAGAUAUGCUUAUCGAUAUUACAACGUUCUUCUGUAGACAGCAACGCUAUAAAAAUUGUUAAAAGUUUAAGUAUAUCGAUAUUAAAUACUUGUCAAGACAGUGAUUUACAGUCUGCACUAAUGGUUUACAUUUGUGUCAAUGUAUAUCCAAAUUUUCCUAUUCAAGAUUGUUUUGAUUCAAAACAGAGACUCGUAUCACAAUCUAAUUGGAAGUUAUAUACAAUUUAUAAGGAUCAAGCAAUAUCUUUGGAUGAAAAGUUGUUGUUCCUAUUUAAAGAUGCAAUGUCUUUGCACUUAUAUUAUUCAAGUCAAACCAAUAUUAAUGAAAUUACAAAUUGCGAUGAACAAAUGGAUCAACUGUUAACUAAUUUCUUGGAAAAUACAAGAAAGAUGCAACCUCAACACAAUGAUUAUUCUUUACUGCAAAUUUUCAAAACAUUUUAUUUCAUAUACUAUACUAGUACGUUUGUAAGGAAUGAAGAGAGAUUAACUGAAAUGAAAUGUAUAUUAUCACAGCUUCUAAUAAAUUUAUUGAGAAAGUUGUGCACUGGACGAUCGUUCGAUUUGCAGUUGGGACUGUCGGCUCUCUUUAUGUUAUCUGAACAAGAAGCGUGCAGUUGGCUUUCCACAGUUUCCGCAUCAUUUCAGACCGAUCAUAUUCGACAUUGUACAUUUUCAACUUUGGGAUAUGAAUAUUCGCGCUUGGGGCAAAAUCGAUCAUUGAUACAGAAUACGUUUGAGAAUUACAAACUAUUGCAUAUUUGGGCCCAACGACUGUCACAUUACUCGAUAAAUUCUAAAGAUAGAACGUUUGAGAAUUACAAACUAUUGCAUAUUUGGGCCCAACGACUGUCACAUUACUCGAUAAAUUCUAAAGAGGUUUUAACAAAUAGUGCUUCGAGCAAAAGAGAAAUUUUACAACAGAUCAUAAGCAGUAAUAAAGAGAAUAUGAUUCCCUUACUAAAGAAUUAUUGUUAUAGCUUUGGAUUUAAUUUCAAUGAUUGCCUUUUGCAUUAUUUACAAGUAUUAUUAAAAACAUGGAAUCCAACGAUAACUAUUUCGAAUACAAGCGUAAAUAAAGAGUUACUUAUCUGUAAAGAGGAAGUCGAUGAAUUAAGAAAGAAAUGUAAUGCAGUCGUUGCGCAAAUAGAAGAUAUAUCUAUGUUGAAGCAAUGUAUGUCUACAUUAUGGCAACACAUCACGUUUUACCAUUAUGAAGUGUUUAUUAUAUUAAUGGAUCUCAUAGGAGAUAAAGAUAUAGGAAAGAGGAAUUAUCUCUGCUUUUUGCAAAAUUAUACUCGGAGUGGGCCUCCUACAUCAAUGGAACAUGAUGAAUGGGUACAGCUUAAUCCUGGACAUAGUACGUUGCCGCCGAUAGCACAAUGGAGACUUCCAUUCUUGCUUAAAGUCGAUAUUUGGAAAAUUAUUACUCCUGAAUUAAAUUUAAAAACCUAUGACAAAUGGCUUGACAUUGCACCUGUACUUAAUUUAGAAGCACAUCUCAUAUGCUCAUUAGCUAUUAAGGGUGAAGUGGCAAAAGAAUGGGCAAAUAAUUCUAUUGAAUCGAAAAAUACUACAUGGUCGCUUUAUUCAAGAAACUCCACAUUAUUGAAAGAUAGCAAGAAAUGUAUACAACAGCUGACAGACUCAGAUGGAUUCUAUUAUGGUACUGCAGCAUUGUAUCAUAUCGUAAAUUAUACACCUCCGGGUGCUGAUCGCGUUGCUGCCGCAAAAGAAUGUUACGAGUAUGCUCAGCUAGCAGCACAAAAUUCUACUAAAUUCAAAGAAGGAAAAGAGUUAGAAAAAAUUAAAUCCAAAUAUUUAACAUUUACGUCUGAGCAUAUUCUACGUACGUACAGAUUGGAGAAGGAUGAGUAUCUUGCUCUAAUCGAUCAUCCGAGCAAGCUAGUAUAUGCAUUGUAUAAUGACGAAAGUAUACCAUUACGAUAUCGAACCGCAACCAAAUAUAGACCCGAUAUUAAUGCUGCCGUUAACGAACUGGGUAAAUUGUUCUCGUUGAAUACGAUAAAAUUGCGUAUGGAUUUAUUGGAAGAAUGGCUACAAUCCAAUGCCAGAUACACUGAAUUGUCUCAAAGUUUUACAGAGACGUUUCUAGCGCCAAAAGAAUCUGAUCAGAAUAUAGAUUGUGAAGAUAAUUUACUUAAGAUAUGUUACAUGCUGGAAUAUGGAGAUAUGGAUUUGUUUGCACAAUUUCUUAUAAAUAUAGGCUUUGGCGAUCGUCACGGCAAUACUGAAUAUAAUUGUAACGUACGAUAUCGAGUAUUUCAGAUAUUGCAGACUGUCGUAGAUACUUCUACGUUGGAGGAAUUGACCAAGCAAGAUAUAUGUACUUUUAGAAAAUAUAUGAAAUCGUUACAGUACAUUGGGAAAUUAGAAUCAUUAGGAUUAUGUUACAGUAUUGAUUCAUUUGAAACGUGUUGUAAACGGGAGCUUGUUCAGAUUUUAUGGAAAAGUCAACGUCACUUACCCUAUGCUCUCUCUGUUAUAGCACAGAUUUGCGUCGAGUUUGAAAUAAAUGAUAUUCUACUUUGGGAUAAUACUUUAACUCAGAUGACAAAAUUACGAAUGGUAAGCGACUUAAAAAAAGUUUUAUUACAAUUACGAAAUAAAAAUGUCAUUGUGAAUUGUAAUGGUUAUAAAAUGGGAUGGCAAUUGAUCAUCUCCGAACCGUUUAGCGAAAUGGACAUAAAUCCAAAUCUGGAGCAAAUUGAUAAUUGCAUAGAAGCGGUUUGUCUGCUAUAUUCGUGUCCUGUGGCACACGAAUUAGACUUCACCGUAAUCGUGAGAAAUUGUUUCCAAAGUAAACAGGCUCACUUAGCUGCCGCACUUUUACCAUUUUUAAAUGAUACCGAAAACAAGUUUGUCUUAGAGACUAUUAAUCAAAAGUGUCAAAUCGAAAAACUCAUAGAAGAUUUAAAUCAUUUGUCUUCAAAAGGAGUACUGACAAUUACACAUAGUCUCGCCAUGGUGCAAAAAUCUAUAUCAUAAGAGUCAAAGAACAAAGAAAAAUUUUUUCUCUUAGAUUAGCUAGAAGAU